AACGCUUGGGGGCGAGUCCGCAAACGGUUCGUUUCGGAAGCGCUCACUGAGAGAAAACCAAACCGCAAGACCCCAAACACUGCGCCGAACCCUAACGGAGAGAGAACAAAGAUCACCAGAAAAUGGCGAGCGGCAGCGCGGCGAAGAACCCCAAGAAGACGAACCUCCUCGAUCACCACUCCAUCAAGCAUCUCCUCGACGAAUCCGUCACCGAGGUCGUCAAGAGUCGGGGGUACGCGGAGGACUCCAGGUUGAGCAACGUGAGGUUGCUGAUCGGAUCCAUCAUCAUCGCCAUCGCGCUCCUUGCGCAGUUCUACCCCAAGAAGUUUCCCGAGAACAGGGAUUUCCUUAUUGUUUGCAUCGGAUUGUAUGUGGUAUUUAACGGGCUGUUGCAGUUCAUCAGCUACACAAAGGAGAAGAACGCUAUCCUUUUUACUUAUCCUCCGGCUGGAUCUUUCAAUAGUACUGGAUUGGUUGUGUCUUCGAAGUUGCCAAGGUUCUCUGAUAUGUACACUCUUACAAUAGCCAGUGCAGAUCCAAAGUCCAUUUCUGCUAAUAAACCAGUUGUUCUGACAAAGAGUGUCACAAAAUGGUUCACCAAGGAUGGUGUCCUUGUUGAAGGUCUCUUCUGGAAGGAUGUUGAGAAACUGAUUGAUGAUUACAAUGGGGAUCGGAAGAGCAAAUGAGAUCAGACGUUUUCAAGACUAGU